AGUGAAGUCAUUAGUCAAUUCCUCCGCUAGGAGUAGUAGUGUUCUGUGGUCAAUUCAUUAAUUCAAUUCAAUAGUCCGCAAAAGAAAUCUAACAAUAAAAAUAAAAAUAUAUUAAAAUACCUGUGUUAUAAUACAAUACAACAUGCAUACAUAAAAAUCGCACUUUUCAAAGUUUAAAAUGAAAUUAAAUUAAAUGAACUCGAUAAACUCGAAAUGUACGUUAUUAAAACAGACAAGGAACAGUAAAACACGCAAUGUUUUUAAAAACGAAUUUAUUCAAAGCUAUCCCAUUCAAACCUACGACACGAUUGCCAGUCUCAUAUUGGAUCCUUGUUGGUCUUCGAUUUGCCUUAACGCUGUUGCCGCAAACUGGAUAUAUUCACCCGGAUGAAUAUUUUCAAAACGUCGAAGUAAUUGCCGGUGACAUAUUUGAUGUGGAUGUCGCAAGGACAUGGGAAUUUGAUCCAAAGUUUCCAAUCAGGAAUAUAUUCGUACCAAAGCUUAUGUUAGGGCCCCCACUCCAUUUAAUUAGGUUUCUAAACCCAUUCAUAAAAUAUUACUUUCAUAUAGAUCUGAGGACUCCAUACUUUUUGCUAGUCAUACCAAGACUUUUUAUAUGUCUUGUUUCUCUAAUAAAUGAUUACUGUCUAUAUAAGCUAUGUGUAAUGUACGGACAAAAUUAUAGGAACCGUCUAAAAAUAUUUGCCAGCUCAUAUGUAGUUCUAGUCUACUGCUGUAGAAGCUUCUCUAACUCAUUUGAAAUGGUGUUUUUCUCUAUACUACUUUAUUUAGUAGGUGACUGUAUGUUAAAAUCAGAUAAAGUCAUAUAUCACAAGGAAUACCUACAAGAAAAGUAUAAUGAAGCUGCAACACCUGUGGAACGAGUUAAGAUUUACAAAUUGCAGACUCAUUUGCCCCAGCAUUCUUUAAACUAUGUGCUAAUAUUAGCAUCUUUAGUUGUGAUAGGUAUUUUUAAUCGCCCAACCUUUAUUGGAUUUGCUUUUAUACCAGUUUUCUUCUGGCUUCAUCGGGGAUUGGGUUCAAAGACGAUAGGAUUUAUAGAUUUUCAUAUUAGAAUAUUCAUGUUGAUUUUAUGUGGCAUUCCUAUGUUUUUAGUCCUUGUUAUUAUUGAUUCUGCAUAUUAUGGGUAUCUAACAAUAGGUGAAGUGGAAUCAUUACGACUUACUUGGAAUAAUUGGGUGGUGACACCUUUGAACUUUUUACGGUACAAUGCAGAUGUUAGAAAUCUGACUCAACAUGGAUUGCACCCUCGUUGGCUACAUCUGGCUGUGAAUGUGCCGCUACUCUUCAAUGUUUUGGGUGCUAUGGCGUUAUUUACAGUGCUUAUUAACAGCUACAGAUUCAUCAAAGGAAGAUACAGCAAAAUGCCAAGAAUACAGAGCAUCAGAGGUUUAAUGUUACUAUCAGCCAUAGCACCUAUAGCUAUUCUUUCGUUGUUCCCACACCAAGAGGCCCGUUUCAUCAUACCAAUACUCGUACCACUGGUAUAUUUAUAUGGAAACAGUAUUCACAUAAAUGAAAUUGAUGAUUCUGACGUCCAAAUUCUUAAGAAGAUAUUCCUGUUCGUCUGGUACACUUCAAACAUUGUAUUUUCGAUAUUUUUUGGCUUUAUCCAUCAAGGUGGACUAUAUCCUCUCGUCAAUGAUCUAUUCCAAGAAAUUAAAGGGAAUUACGGCAUGCAUAUACAUGUAAUAACCACCCAUAGCUACAGUAUACCAACAUAUCUGUUACAACUGGAGAGUACUACUAGGAUUUAUAAGGACAAAACGUCAAAGCACACUUACACAAUAGCGCCAUCAACAUUUGUAAGCAAAUUUGGAUCAUUACCCAUGGACAAACUUCUGAUGCAUGUAGAUGACACACUCACGACGGCAGAGAUGCGCUACCAUAAAUAUAAGAAAAAGUAUCGACUGUAUAUAGCUUCGCCGUGCUCUCUAGAAGACGAAUUGUUGGAGGAAGCUAGUAAUUACGAAUACAUCAAGGUUAAAGAAGAAUUCUCGUACUACCCUCAUUUCUGUACAGAAGCGUUGCCUAUCUUUCCAGAUGCUCAUGAUAGAAGUUGCGUCUCAAAUAAGUUUAUAAGUAAUAGUGAAUCUCCUGCCAUUAAUCUGAAUAUGUUACAAAGAGUCUCAUGUUAUUUAAGUAAAUUUUGUCUAAAAUUGUAUAAUGUGAAAGUGAUCAAUACUACUUAGAGAUAGAAUAUCAUAGUAAUUAAGUUUUUUAUGAAAAGACGAACAUUGUUUUUGCUACAUGGAAUUUGUGAUGGUUUUAUAAAACGAUAGCGUAUGUUUGUAAAUAAUUUAGUACAUAGUAGGUACUAUAAAUUCAGAAGGACCGAAACAUGCGAUUUUAUGUAUAUUUAGCACAGCUUCACAGCUUGCGUGUAGAAAUUUUACACAUGCAUAUUUUAUAGAUUUUUAUGAGCAUGAAAAAGACAAGUUCUAAUUAGGCUUUAUUGAUAUAUUUUUAUUUUCUAUUCAAAAGACAUUAUUUAUGUAUUAGUUACUUGGUCCCACCGAAAAUGAAUAAAACCAAGAAACUUACCCAUACACGAAAUAAAUAGAUCUGUAGUUUGACCUAGUUUGGAAAUUGAAUAUAAUUUUUUCCGGACUUGCGUAUUGUCGGAUACAAAUUGUAUACAAGUGAGGAUAUAUCCAUGACAAAGCUUUUAUUUUGUUUUAAAAAUAUUUAUUUCACUGUAAUAUUUAUGGCAUAUAGUUAAAACUAUUUAAUAUUUUUGAAGUGUAAUUUCUUUUGGCGCGUUGAGAGAAAAAUUUCAAGGUC